AUGCCACGCGCUGAACCAGGAACACCAAAAUGGUUGGCUAAUAAGAUGAAGGCAAAAGGCCUUCAGAAACUAAAAUGGUAUUGUCAAAUGUGUGAAAAACAAUGCAGAGAUGAAAAUGGUUUUAAGUGCCAUAGAUUAUCAGAAACACAUCAAAGACAAAUGCAAAUAUUUUGCCAAGAUGCAAAUAAAUUUAUGGAUGAAUAUUCUUCCAUGUUUGAAAAAGAAUUUAUGAGAUUAAUGAAAACAAAAUAUUGUCGAACACGUAUAUUAGCCAAUACUGUGUAUACCAACAUGAUUAGUGAUAAGACACACAUACAUAUGAAUGCAACCGUUUGGGUUACUCUAACCGAUUUUGUUUUGUAUUUAGGAAAAACAGGAAAAUGUAAAAUUGAACAAACAGAAAGGGGAUGGUAUUUAGAAUAUAUUGAUAGAGAAAAAAUAGAAAAAGAAAAAGCGUAUGAAGAGAGAAAAAAAAUAGAAUAUUCUUAUGAAGAAUUAAAAGAAAAAAAAAUUAAUGAAGCUAUAGAAGAGGCUAAAAAAAAAGGGAAAUUUAUCCAAUCGGAGUAUACUGGAUUGAACAAAAAACAGAACGAAAAAAUUAUUAUUUCGUCUAUUAAAAUUGGAAAAAAGGAUAAUAAUGUGCCCAAACCGGGAGUUAACAUACUUUUAGAAAAGGCACUAAGAAAAGGCAACGCGGAAAAAAAGAAAACGUCAGACACUUCGUUAGACAUGCAGAACAUGGAAAAAAAAAACUUAAUGAAAAAUGAACUAACAAAAGAUACGACAAAGAAAAGACCUGUGUCAUCAUUGGAAUUACUAAUUCUAGAAAAUGAGGAAAAAAAAAGACAAAAAAAUUGUACUUCCAAUUUAAAAAAGGAGAAAAUGAACCCCAUGCAAGGUACAGAAAUGAAACAUGAAAAAGGUGAAAAAGGUGAAAAAGGUGAAAAAGGUGAAAAAGAUGGAAAAGGUGAAAAAGAUGGAAAAGGUGAAAAAGGUGAAAAAGGUGAAAAAGGUGAAAAAGGUGAAAAAGAUGGAAAAGGUGAAAAAGAUGGAAAAGGUGAAAAAGGUGAAAAAGGUGAAAAAAGUGAAAAAGGUGAAAAAAAUGGAAAAGGUGAAAAAGGUGAAAAAGGUGAAAAAGGUGAAAAAGAUGGAAAAGGUGAAAAAGGUGAAAAAGAUGGAAAAGGUAAAAAACAUGAAAAUAGAAAUACCCCAUAUAAGGACGACUCUUGGUUAUGCGAAAACAUAAUAGUUAAAAUAAUUGAUAGGAAACACAAGUAUUAUAACAGUAAGGGGGUCAUCGUUUCAGUUUCAGCUAGCGAAAUGAAUAAAUGUGAAAUACAGCUGAACAACAGUGAGAAAAAAAAAAAAACUUUUGCCUAUUCAAAGCAGCUACAAACAGUCAUACCCAAAAUUGGAAGAAACGUUUUAAUUCUUCGUGGAGAAUAUAAAGGCCAUCAAGGGGAAAUAAAAAAGAUUUCAUCCGAUCAGGAAUCUGCCGUGAUUACCAUUUUUGAUAAAUAUUCAGACAAGGUCAUCAUAGAGGAGCGCAUGUCAUUUGACAAUGUAAGCAAGUUACAAGAAAGAUAA